UUCCAAACGCUCCGCGGCGCCAUGGGCUGAAAACUCAACCGAGAUGGAAUCUCCCAGUCUGAACCGGUUUCAACCGGUUCCGAGUUUGAGGCACUAGGAGGAGGGGGAGAAGCGGCUGCAGCGGCCGCGGCAGGAGCAGCGGGAGCUACAGCAUCAGCAAGAGCAACAGUAGCUACAGCCCGGGCGGCGGUGCCUGUUCCAGUCUUUGCUGCUGCAGUCCGUGCAACCACCCAGAGGGGGAGGGGGGAACCACCAGUCGCUGAGGAGCAGGAGAAGGGGGGAAAGUUUAGGCGAGCCUGGGUGGGGGGGGGGCCAGCGCCGGAGCCGCGUGAGAGAGGGAGCCGUAUUUUGGUAGGGGGAAAUCGGACUGCAACUGGCAGCAGAGCGUUCCCCGGCCGUGUGGACUCUACAGCCCCUACUCCUGCCGCUCCUGCUGCCGCCUGUGGCUGGAGGGUCCCCCUGGGGCUGAAUCUUUGGGACUUGACCCCGUUCCCCUCCCCCUUCCCUCACUCCCCAGCCAGGCGGGAGCAUUUAUCCACAGAUUAAUUCCCCUUUUUGGGGGGGGGGGCGGGUGAGUGUGCGUGUCGGCGGGAGGUGUCCCCGAAAUAGUAAAUAUUGUUGAGCUUUUUUUUUUUUUUUUUGCCCUUAUCCUCUUCGUUUGUAAAUUUCUUUUUUAAGGUGGGAAAACUGGGAAACCCACCUUGAUUUUCCUCCCCUCUUCCCCCUCCCCGUCCUCCCUUGCCCUAAUACCCCGACAAGGAAGGAAGAAGCAGUUGGUUCAAUCUCUGGGAGUGGAAGUUUCCAGAAAUAUUUAGUGCAGCAGCAUUGAAACGUCCGCCUGCAUCACGUGGCCCUUCGGUGGAGAGCUUGGGAUCGCGGGAGGGAGGGGCUGUGGAGUCCUUGCUCCUCCUGCAGUAAUCUAUGCCAGCAAUUAUGACAAUGUUAGCAGACCAUGCAGCUCGUCAGCUGCUCGAUUUCAGCCAAAAACUGGAUAUCAACCUUUUAGACAAUGUGGUGAAUUGCUUAUACCAUGGAGAAGGAGCCCAGCAAAGAAUGGCUCAAGAAGUACUGACACAUUUAAAGGAGCAUCCUGAUGCGUGGACAAGAGUCGACACAAUUUUGGAGUUUUCACAGAAUAUGAACACAAAAUAUUAUGGACUACAGAUUUUGGAAAAUGUGAUAAAAACAAGGUGGAAGAUUCUUCCAAGGAACCAAUGUGAAGGGAUUAAAAAAUACGUUGUGGGCCUCAUUAUCAAGACAUCAUCUGACCCAACUUGUGUAGAGAAAGAAAAGGUAUAUAUCGGGAAAUUAAAUAUGAUUCUUGUUCAGAUACUUAAACAGGAAUGGCCAAAACACUGGCCAACUUUUAUCAGUGACAUUGUUGGAGCAAGUAGGACCAGUGAAAGUCUAUGUCAGAAUAAUAUGGUGAUUCUGAAACUCUUGAGUGAAGAAGUAUUUGAUUUUUCUAGUGGACAGAUAACCCAAGUGAAAGCUAAGCAUUUAAAAGACAGCAUGUGCAACGAAUUCUCACAAAUUUUUCAGCUUUGUCAGUUUGUGAUGGAAAAUUCCCAAAAUGCUCCACUUGUACAUGCAACUUUAGAAACGUUGCUCAGAUUUCUUAACUGGAUUCCGCUUGGAUAUAUUUUUGAGACCAAGUUAAUCAGCACAUUAAUUUAUAAGUUCCUGAAUGUUCCAAUGUUUCGAAAUGUCUCUCUGAAGUGCCUCACUGAGAUUGCUGGUGUGAGUGUAAGCCAGUAUGAGGAGCAAUUUGUAACGCUAUUUACACUGACAAUGAUGCAGCUAAAACAGAUGCUUCCUCUAAAUACCAAUAUUCGACUUGCAUACUCAAAUGGAAAGGAUGAUGAACAGAACUUUAUUCAAAAUCUCAGUUUGUUUCUCUGCACCUUUCUUAAAGAACAUGGUCAACUUAUAGAAAAAAGAUUAAAUCUCAGGGAAACACUCAUGGAGGCCCUUCAUUAUAUGUUGUUGGUAUCCGAAGUAGAGGAAACUGAAAUCUUUAAGAUUUGUCUUGAGUACUGGAAUCACCUGGCAGCUGAACUCUAUAGAGAGAGCCCGUUCUCAACAUCUGCCUCUCCGUUGCUAUCUGGAAGUCAGCAUUUUGACGUUCCUCCUAGGAGACAGCUAUAUUUGCCUGUAUUGUCCAAGGUCCGUUUAUUAAUGGUUAGUAGAAUGGCUAAACCAGAGGAAGUAUUAGUUGUAGAAAAUGAUCAGGGAGAAGUUGUAAGAGAAUUCAUGAAGGAUACAGAUUCCAUAAAUUUGUAUAAGAAUAUGAGAGAAACAUUAGUUUAUCUUACUCAUCUGGAUUAUGUAGAUACAGAAAGAAUAAUGACCGAGAAGCUUCACAAUCAAGUGAAUGGUACGGAGUGGUCAUGGAAGAAUUUGAAUACAUUGUGUUGGGCAAUAGGCUCCAUUAGUGGAGCAAUGCAUGAAGAGGAUGAAAAGCGAUUUCUUGUUACUGUUAUAAAGGAUCUAUUAGGAUUGUGUGAACAGAAAAGAGGCAAAGAUAAUAAAGCUAUUAUUGCAUCAAAUAUCAUGUACAUAGUAGGUCAAUAUCCACGAUUUUUAAGAGCUCACUGGAAAUUUUUGAAGACAGUAGUUAACAAGCUCUUCGAAUUCAUGCAUGAGACCCACGAUGGAGUCCAGGACAUGGCUUGUGAUACUUUCAUUAAAAUAGCUCAAAAGUGCCGCAGGCAUUUUGUUCAGGUUCAGGUUGGAGAAGUAAUGCCAUUUAUUGAUGAGAUUUUGAACAACAUUAACACUAUAAUUUGCGAUCUUCAACCUCAACAGGUCCAUACAUUUUAUGAAGCUGUGGGGUACAUGAUUGGUGCACAAACAGACCAAACAGUACAAGAACAUUUGAUAGAAAAAUAUAUGCUACUUCCUAAUCAGGUUUGGGAUAGCAUAAUCCAGCAAGCAACCAAAAAUGUGGAUAUACUUAAAGAUCCUGAAACUGUCAAGCAACUUGGUAGCAUACUGAAAACAAAUGUGAGAGCUUGCAAAGCAGUUGGACACCCAUUUGUGAUUCAGCUUGGGAGAAUUUAUUUAGAUAUGCUUAAUGUAUACAAGUGCCUCAGUGAAAAUAUUUCUGCAGCUAUUCAAGCUAAUGGUGAGAUGGUUACAAAGCAACCAUUGAUUAGAAGUAUGCGAACAGUAAAAAGAGAAACUUUAAAGUUAAUAUCUGGUUGGGUGAGCCGGUCUAAUGAUCCACAGAUGGUAGCUGAAAAUUUUGUUCCUCCUCUGUUGGAUGCAGUUCUCAUUGAUUACCAGAGAAAUGUCCCAGCUGCUAGAGAGCCAGAAGUGCUUAGUACUAUGGCUAUUAUUGUCAACAAGUUAGGAGGACAUAUAACAGCUGAAAUACCUCAAAUAUUUGAUGCUGUUUUUGAGUGCACAUUGAAUAUGAUAAAUAAGGACUUUGAAGAAUAUCCUGAACACAGAACGAACUUUUUCUUACUACUUCAGGCUGUCAAUUCUCAUUGUUUCCCAGCAUUCCUGGCUAUUCCACCGGCACAGUUUAAACUUGUUUUGGAUUCUAUUAUUUGGGCUUUUAAACAUACCAUGAGGAAUGUAGCAGAUACAGGCCUACAGAUACUUUUUACACUCUUACAAAAUGUUGCACAAGAAGAAGCUGCAGCUCAGAGUUUUUAUCAGACUUAUUUUUGUGAUAUUCUUCAGCAUAUCUUUUCUGUUGUGACAGACACCUCGCAUACUGCUGGUUUAACAAUGCAUGCAUCUAUCCUUGCAUAUAUGUUUAAUUUGGUUGAAGAAGGAAAAAUAAGUACACCAUUAAAUCCUGGAAAUCCAGUUAACAACCAAAUGUUUAUUCAGGAAUAUGUGGCUAAUCUUCUUAAGUCCGCAUUCCCUCAUCUACAAGACGCUCAAGUAAAGCUCUUUGUGACAGGACUUUUCAGCUUAAAUCAGGAUAUUCCUGCAUUCAAGGAACAUCUUCGGGAUUUCCUGGUACAGAUAAAGGAGUUUGCAGGUGAAGAUACAUCGGAUCUCUUUUUGGAAGAACGAGAAACAGCCCUUCGACAGGCUCAGGAAGAAAAACACAAACUUCAGAUGUCUGUUCCAGGCAUCCUUAAUCCACAUGAAAUUCCAGAAGAAAUGUGUGAUUAAAAUCAGAAGUCAUGCUGGGUUUUUUUUUUUCUUUUUUUUCUUUUUUUUUCUUUUCCUCUGCAACUCUUGUUAGCAGAUGAAAACAGCAUCUGGAUAUUUGUCGACCAAAAUGAUGCCAAUUUGUAAAUUAAAAUGUCACCUAGUGGCCCCUUUUCUUAUGUGUUUUUUGUAUAAGAAAUUUUCUGUGAAAUAUCCUUCCAUUGUUUAAGCUUUUGUUUUGGUCAUCUUUAUUUAGUUUGCAUGAAGUUGAAAAUUACGGCAUUUUUAAAAAUUUUAACUUCAUCCCCAUUUUGUGGCUGGGAUGGGGGGAGGAGGCAAAUCCAAUUUGAACAUAUACUUGUAAAUUCUGAUGCAAAAGUAUACAAUUUUUCCUGUAAAGAAUACCAGUUUUUAAUUAGGGAGCAUUUUCUUUCUAGCCUGUAUUUCAGUCUAGAAGAAAAGAUAAUGAGUAAAACAGAUUGCGUUGUUAAAAGGAUUAUAGUGCUGCAUUGUCUGAAGCUAGCACCUCUUGGACUGAAUUGUUUGUCUAGACUACAUGUAUUACAAGUCUGUAUGGCAAGUUUGCAGCAAGAUCAUGUGCAUAUCAUCCCAUUGUAAACGACUUCAAAAAAUAUGGGAACACAGUUAGUUAUUUUUACACAGUUCUUUUUGUUUUUGUGUGUGUGUGCUGUCGCUUGUCGACAACAGCUUUUUGUUUUCCUCAAUGAGGAGUGUUGCUCAUUUGUGAGCCUUCAUUAACUCAAAGUGAAAUGGUUAAAAAUAUUUAUCCUGUUAGAAUAGGCUGCAUCUUUUUAACAACUCAUUAAAAACAAACAAAACAAAACUCUGGCUUUUGAGAUGACUUAUACUAAUUUACAUUGUUUACCAAGCUGUAGUGCUUUAAGAACACUACUUAAAAAGCAAAAUAAACUUGGUUUACAUUUA